GAGCUGGCCCGAGCUCCCAUCGGGGAGGGUGGUCAUGGGUGCCGCCGGCAGCUUCCGUCCAGGCGUACAGCACCCUUUCAGCCAGGACGCCGGGCGCGUCUUCUCAAGUUAAGCCGUCCAAGCCACAGUGUCGCAAUCGCAGGAGACACCUGACAAGUCGCCCCUGAGGACACUGUCAACCCCACACCUAAUAAAGUGUGUGCAGCAGUCACCAGGAGAGGCUGUGGCCAAGGGGCCACCUCCCCUGCUUGCUGUCCCCCAUGUGGCUCCCCGGUGCCUUGAGAAUGCCCAGAGCCUCCUCGGACGUCUCCCUCCACCACCUCCCUCCCAAGGGUGCCGCCCACGACCGGCCCGACUCCUCCUCUCUGCCGUUAAGUUAAAGACGGCGCUUCGCCACCAGCUGAGGAGCGUGCCUGGCGCCCACAGAGCAAAGCAGCUGGCAGCUGUCCGCGGGGUCGGCUGGGAGGCCGCGGGCUGCGGGAGGCCGCGGGCUGCGGGAGCCCGGGAAGUGGGCGGGGCCGGGCCAGCGGCCAGCGAUGAGCAGCCGCGUCCCGCUGGCAGAGAAAGCCCUGUCUGAAGGCUUCGCCCGGCUCCGGUACCGCGACACCUCCCUGCUCAUCUGGCAGCAGCAGCAGCAGAAGCUAGAGUCCGUGCCGCCCGGGACGUACCUGAGCAGGAGCCGAAGCAUGUGGUACGCGCAGUACGGGAAUGAGGCCAUCUUAGUCCGCGACAGAAACAAGCUCGAGGUCUCCCGGGACACCGGCCGGUCGAAGUUUUGCACAAUUAUGUGAAACCCGGGGCCCAGUGGGAAUCCGCCUUUAGCACAGUGUCGGCCCAACUGGGAGGCCGGGUCCCUGGCCUCCCUUCUGGUUGUCCAGGUGCUGUAGGCCCGGCGUAGGCCUGGCCUAGGCCGGGGCAAUGCUACAUCUGCUUUUCUGCUUGGCUUCCUGUAAGUCGCCCAAGAGGAGCACCUGGCUACAACAUUUUCAAGUUCUGUAGGUCGCUAAGAACGGGUCAGAUCUUGAAACAGGUGAAGGAACGGGCAUCACGUGCGGUUCAAAAUCCAUUCACGAGACCAGGAUGGAUGGAACUUAAACAGUCAUCAGUGGCACUUCGGCGGCAACUGUGACGUGCCUGCGUUGUGAGUCGUUUCCAAAAUGGCGUUGUGUGCCACACACAGUGGCAGCUCCCACACCCGCUCCCAAUACUUGACUGCGGGCAAGUGCAUCCCAAAUACCAGCCGCUUACAGGGAUUUCAAGCUUGAUCGCCGGGCUGAAAAGGUGGGUUCUUAGAGUAUUUCGGCCUUUCUGCUCCGAGACCGCAGCUCCCCACCGCUGCGGUGUCAGAUGUGUCGUCAGCCGUUACCGCACACAGGCGGCCACGGCCCAACGUGUGGGCAAGUUCUUACGCGUCAUUUUGCAAAAGGAUUUGCCGUCUGCUGUAACUGAAGUGUGCAUGGCUAUGCAAAUGUGGAAGUAUCCGUCAAAGCUGAUUUUUCUAAAUAAAUAUUUUUCCUUCCUCCUCUUUUUAUCUGUUCA